UGAGGGGAGUCGAGUCUCCCGCGCCCCACCAUCCUUGCCGGAGUUGCUGCUGAGUCGCUCGUGCUGAGCCGCUCGUUCUGAGCCCUGGCUGGCAAUAAAGUUCGUUAAGAAAAUCAUAGUCAUUUUUAAGAGAGUGAAAGAGGGCGCGAGCCAGCCGGGUAGCCCCGCCGGGGGGAGCUGGCGCGCUGGGAGGAGGAGGAGGAGGUGGCGGCGGCAGCGGUUGCGCCGCGACCAGGAGGAGCCGGUCGCGCCGGGCGGCGGGUCCGUGGCCAGCGGGGACGAUUUGAGAAGAUCUGAUCACCUGGAAUUAAAGUUGGUUCAGAAACCUUUUCAACUGCAAAAAUGUUGGAGGAAGAUAUGGAAGUGGCUAUCAAGAUGGUGGUUGUAGGGAAUGGAGCAGUUGGAAAGUCAAGUAUGAUUCAGCGAUAUUGCAAAGGCAUUUUUACAAAAGACUACAAGAAAACCAUUGGAGUUGAUUUUUUGGAGCGACAAAUCCAAGUUAAUGAUGAAGAUGUCAGACUAAUGUUAUGGGAUACAGCAGGUCAAGAGGAAUUUGAUGCAAUAACAAAGGCCUACUAUCGAGGAGCCCAGGCUUGUGUGCUUGUAUUUUCUACCACAGACAGGGAAUCUUUUGAAGCAAUUUCCAGUUGGAGAGAGAAAGUCGUAGCUGAAGUUGGAGAUAUACCAACUGUGCUUGUGCAAAACAAGAUUGAUCUCUUGGAUGACUCUUGUAUAAAGAAUGAGGAAGCUGAGGCACUGGCAAAAAAGUUAAAGCUAAGAUUCUACAGAACAUCAGUGAAAGAAGAUCUAAAUGUGACUGAAGUAUUUAAAUAUUUGGCUGAAAAAUAUCUUCAGAAACUCAAACAGCAAAUAGCUGAGGAUCCAGAAUUAAUGCAUUCAAGUAGUAACAAAAUUGACUUUGCACCUAAUGGCUCUCUGAAAGUUGACAGACUUAAAUACUGUUCUGCAGUGCUUUUCAGAUGGAGUGACAUCUUUGGUGGAAAAAUUCCUGCCUUGUGGACUUGUUUUAAUUUUUUUGCAUCAGACGAAGCUUCUCCUGUUUUUGAAGGAACGGUCCAUAAGAAGUGUCAAAAAACAGGUUUUGCUGAAUUUGAAACGCUGGAAAACAUAACUGAAAUGCCUAAAUGUGUUGGUACAGAUUUUAAUAUUAUGGGUCAAGGAAAGAUAGCAAGCGUUCUUUUUCUGAAGUUGGUCAUAUAGCUUUUUGGAAAGUAGUACUGAAUCUGAAUACUUACAAAAAAAUAAUAUCGAAAGGUAAGCUCUAAAUCUUGCCAGACUGCAUUGGUGUGUAUUUUGGCAAUGUUACUUGUGCAAUAUCUGUAUAAUUUAGAAUGUGGAGGUAUGCAUGCAGAUAUCUGGUACUGAAAUAUACUGACGGUAUGUUCAGUAUUUAAGGAAACAUAGAAUCUAAUUCAUUCAUAAAAUCAUUUACACAUUGUGUGUAUGUUAAAAGUUUUUAUUUUCAAAUAAGAAAUUCCAGACAUAUAUUUUGCAAAAUGAGCUCAAAUUUUAAAAGUGCUUUGUGCCAAAUAUAUCAUACCUAAUUUUUACAGUGCUUUACUAUCAGAAUUUAUAUUGUUUAUAAUGUCUUUUAAAAGCAGUUUCCCUCUCUGACAGAGUAGAUACAAGUUGAGUAUAAAUGUUUUAAUGCUAGAAUAUCUCCCAGGUGAGACUUGUUGCAAAAUCUCUCUCCUACGUCCAUCCAUAAGUGCGGUGAGCUUGUGCUGGCCAGGUCACAGCGCACCUGCGGUUAUCCCUUAGGUCCUGUGAAGUGCGGUGGUACUUCCAAUACCUUUCGCUGCUGACUGAAACGCAAUUUUGAACUUUUAAGAUUGUGCUAAUAAUGUUUUUAAAUGCAGAAGAAAUGAUCUUUGGUCUUAAUCUGCGUUAUGGAUUUUAUAAUGCCCUGCAACUCUAAAGCAUCUUUUCGUUUACACAUUUUGUAUGGUAUUUUAAGAUUAUCACUUAAAAAUUUCUAUAAACUUCAGUUUGUAUAGCACUUCCUCAAGAGCUCUGUUAACACCAAAUACAAAAUAAUUUCUUUUAAGAAACGAUUUUCAUAUGUAAUCAUGUGACAGCAUAAAUUUUGUGACUUGGGACAGGAGCUUUCCAACUAAGAUAACUGCAUGAACUCUGUUAAAAAGUGAUUAUCAUUCAUCAGUGACUUUGUUUUUAACCCUUGCUAUCUACCUGGUUUUUACAGGAUUUCAAGAUCUGUAAAAAUAACUUUUUUUGGAAAAUGUGUCAAAGUCGUUUUUCAUUAUUUGUACUAUAUGCAUAAUGUUAUAUGUAUUUCUUUUGUAUGUUUUCUCUCUUCCUCUCUCUCUCUCUCUCUCUCUCUCUCUCUCUCUCUCUCUCUCUAAGUUUUCCAUCCGCACCGUCCUCCUCCCUCUGUCCAGAUUACUAUUAAGAAGAUGAUAGAAAUUUCUGGGGCAAGUCCUUAGUAAGUGGUCAAGAGUGAAUGUUUGCCUUUUCAUAAUACUGAAACAAUCUGGCAUUAUCUACUUUAAAGUAAUAUAACAAGUUAAUUUUUAUGUCACCAGUUGUCUCCACACCCAUUGCUGGCAGUGGGAUAGGUGUUGGGGGAAACAAACUCAGUGGCUAACAAUGGGUACCUGUUAAUGAUUCAUCUUUCCUUUUUUUCUCUCUUAAAAUACAGUCUCUUUAAUUUUUGCACAAAAUAUAUUUUGUGGCGAAUUGUUUUGUGGUCUUUAGUAGCCAAAGAAAAAUCAUGUAUGUAAUGUGUUCACAUGUGUUCUAUUUCAGAUUGAUUAAAUGUGUGUGGGAAAGAGUUUGCUAGUUUUCUAUAUAAUCUCUGAUGAUUGUUGAAGUUUCCUGAUAUUUGUAAUAUAAUUUUACAUACUUAGUUUUGUCCUUUUUUCUUUUCAUAAGAACUGAAGAGAGAUCUUUGUUACACAUUUGAAUUUUUAUUUGCACUUGUGUAUUUUAAACCUAACCAUAAUUGGUCAUUUUAAAUAACUAAGUACGUCUUAAAAUCAGUCACAAAUGAUAUGUUAAAUACUUCCUCAGUUUAAUUCUAAAGCCUUCAAAGUUGACAUUAAUUUUUUUCUUGAGACCCUUAAUUCUCUUAAAUAACCAUUAAUUUCUAACGAGCUAUGGAUGCUAAAGAAAAAACUGUGUAAGACUC